UUAAUGAGACGUUGCGCAGAAAAAAAGCUCGAGACUUCUUGUGCACGAAUCCUCUGAAGAGUAUUUAAUGCGCAUGCGCUGCUCGGUUCGUCCUUAGAAGGCAACAUGGCUUCAAAACUGUUGAGGGUAGCAAACUCGUUGUCAAGAACUUUGCCACGUGUCCAAAAGUUAACUGGAGUUACUGCCCCUGUGAGCCAGAGAUAUGGCUCAACUGAUGUUGCUACUGCGUCACAAGUUCAGCUUCUAGAGACUCGGGUCUCAGAGCUUUCCAAUGGACUCAAGAUUGCUUCAGAGUCAUCCGGUGAACCCACAUGCACGGUUGGAUUGUGGAUCAACGCUGGAAGCCGAUAUGAAACUGAGAAAACAAAUGGAGUGGCACACUUCCUAGAACACAUGAUCUUCAAGGGCACAGACAAGCGUUCCCAGUGUGAUAUAGAGCUGCAGGUUGAGAACAUGGGAGCGCACCUGAACGCGUACACGUCACGCGAGCAGACAGUCUACUACGCCAAGUGUUUCGCAAAAGAUGUCGAGAAAGCGGUGGAGAUUCUCGCAGACAUCACACAGAACAGCAAGCUGGGCAAGGAAGAGAUUGAGAGAGAGCGCGGUGUGAUAUUGAGAGAAAUGCAGGAGGUGGACAUGAACCAGCAGGAGGUCGUGUUUGACUACCUUCAUGCCACUGCCUAUCAGGGAACACCCCUUGGCAGAACCAUCCUGGGACCCACAGAAAACAUCAUGAGCAUACAGCGUGAUGACCUGGUAGACUAUGUGAACACCCACUAUACUGGUGACCGAAUGGUUCUGGCUGCGGCUGGAGGUGUUGACCACAAACAACUCACAGACCUGGCUGGCAAGUACUUUGGUAAACUACCCAAGACCAGCAGCAAGCGACCAGAAGUAUUCCCUACCAGAUACACUGGAAGCUUUAUUGAGAACCGUGAGGAUGACAUGCCUGCUGCCCACAUAGCGCUGGCAGUUGAGGGUGCCUCAUGGGAGAGCACGGACAACAUCGGGCUCAUGAUUGCCUCCACACACCUCGGCUCCUGGGACCGGACACACGGCACGAGCACCAACACCGUGAACUCCUUCACCAGCCGUAUCAUCGCUGACAACCUCUGCCACAGCUACAUGGCCUUCAAUACCUGCUACACAGACACUGGACUCUGGGGCAUAUACUUUGUUACAGACAAGAUGGACAUCACGGACAUGAUGUUCUCAGUGCAGGAGGGCUUCAUGAACCUGUGUAGCUCCAUCACAGACUUUGAAGUGGAGCGUGCCAAACGGUUCCUGAAAACAAACAUGAUCCUGCAGCUUGACGGCACCACCCCUAUCUGUGAGGACAUUGGCAGACAUAUGCUGUGCUAUGGGAGACGUGUUCCAAUCUUAGAGAUGAUUAAGAGAAUAGAUUCAAUGAGCGGAGAUGAUGUAAGAAACAUUUGCAACAAGUACCUCUUUGACAAAUGCCCAGUCAUAGCAUCUAUUGGUCCAACUGAGCAGGUUCCAGACUACAACCUUAUUAGAGGCAGAAUGCAGAAGUACAGAUUGUAAUUUGGUGAAUUCUGGACAUUCAAGGACUAUUUAUAGUGUUUAAAUUCUAGGAAAUAUAUGGACGAAAUAAUGUGUGUUGGAUGUAAAUUAGAUGAACAAGUUGAAAAGCUGUUGAUUAACUGACAAUUUAAUAUUCAUCAAACGUGAAUGUGCUUAAUAUCAAACCAUUUAUGGGAAAAAGUGUGAUAUUAAAUGGUGUUUGCAGGAUGUUUUGUUAAUUACUAUGGAUCUUUGAAGUGUGGUAAAUUUGAAUAAAAUUUACCAAGAAA